UUUCCGCCGUUGUCGCAGAACGGCGCCGUCAAUCGCGAGAAACAAACGCGCCGCCGCCGCCGCCGCUGCCGUGUCGCUCGCGUGCGCGCGCGAGAGAGCAAGACUCCUCUGCUUCUCUCUCGCUCUUUCUCACUGUCUCUCUCUCUCUCCCUCACACACACACACAACACACACACACACAGCUGCGCUUAACCUAAAACUGUUUCGGUACGGUCUCGUUAUCGUCUCUCCCGUCUCUCUCUCUCAUCUCCGCGGAUCUCGUCGCCCGGUGCGCGUCGCCUCGACAAACGGUACGGCGUAACGUAGGAGAAGGCGACGCAAGGGAAUCGAUUGUGUCGAUCUCGAUGCCGUUUGAUCGCGAGCGCGAUAGACCGAGACCACUGAGUCUCUCGCUUCGCCGUCGCGCCUAUCGGCGAUGCUAACCUGCCACCGCUCUCGCGACUCGAAGUGUUAGCGUUCGACGUAAACGCGCGAAGAAGUAACUGGCGCACUCGGCGAACACUCGUACGAGCACUCGGUGCCCCCGUGGUUUUCCCCCCUCUUUGCCGAAAGUCCACAACCCCCAGGUAAAGGUAGAACUCUCUCCUACAGAGUCUCGCCCCCGUUGCCGCUGACGUGCUGAUGAUGAUUGUGACCUUUGUGGUUUUCGGAGCAAGAAUGUGUGUCUGUUGAGCAGACUAGAGAUAAAGAAGCCCAUAGUGAACAAUGCAAUAGUCCAGGGGCCUGAGUCCUUGGUGAUAGCUGUGCAGUUAUAGAGCUUGUGAGAGAGAGUGUGUGGUGUGCAUUUCUAUGUUCUGUGUCCUCUAUCAUCGUACAGCUGUCUGGACAGCUUCUCCUCGAGGGUCACGCCGCUUCUUUUUAGUAGAGUUUUUGAUGUUACAUGUUCUGAGUCCCAUCGGACUGAUGAUGGUGUGAUGAUAUGUCAUCAUGAAAUGGCCUAUAUCCAGUCAAGAACCAACGUCCAGCUUUGCAGCGGAGAAAUAGGACAUGCUCGAUGCAAAAUGCCUAAAUAAAGAAACACAUGUUCUGGGAAUUGAUGGGUAUAUGCUUUUCCUGCAGGAGACCCACCAGUGGCAGGUUGAACAGUAAAAUCUCUGAACAUAUCUCGGCAUCAGUAACUCCUCUCCAUGUUUGUCUGGAGGAACAAAGAAGACCAGAACUGGGCUCAUGUGACGCUUCGCAAGCUCACAAGCCUCAGGUUAAAACGACCUUUGAGAAUCAAAAAGCAGGAGAAGAGAUCUCCGUGGAAGUGGCGGAGAGUAGUUCGAUCGAGAUCGAGACAGGAGAGUUAAGACAGAAUCAGGCAACCAUGGCCAAUACGAUCAGUAACAUGAAGAUGACCAACCCCAUAAAAGAACUUGUCAGCAAACGUCGUAAACGUUUUACAGAAGAUGGUUUUAAUCUUGAUCUCACAUAUAUAACGGGUAAUUUAAUAGCGAUGGGUUUUCCUGCUGAGAAACUGGAGAGUAUGUACAGAAAUCAUAUUGAUGACGUUGUUAAACUGCUAGAGUCCAAACACAAAGACCAUUACAAGAUUUAUAAUCUGUGUUCCGAGAGAUCGUACGAUUGCAACAAGUUUAAGAAGAGAGUGGCCACUUAUGCGUUUGAUGAUCACAACCCACCAAAGCUGGAGCAGAUCAAGCCAUUCUGCGAGGAUGUACACUCAUGGCUGUCCGAACACAAAGACAAUGUGGCUGUAGUCCAUUGUAAGGCGGGGAAAGGUCGAACGGGUGUAAUGGUGUGCUGCUAUCUACUUCACAGUGAACAGUUUUCCACUGCCACAGAAGCCCUUAAUUUUUACGGAACCAAACGGACUCACGAUAAGAAAGGCGUUACGAUACCCUCGCAAAGAAGAUAUGUGGAUUAUUAUGCUACCCUUGUCCAAGAGAGUCUCAGUUAUCAGCCAGUGACGUUAAUUCUACGUACGAUACAACUGGAUCCGGUCCCUAUUUUCAAUGGCGGUCAAGGCUGUCUCUAUUUUGCAAUCUCGGAAUCAAAGAAAAAGAUUCUAUUCGAGGAUGUUUGCGAGGUUCGAAAGGGUACAUCGUCUAUAAGCAUCUCAUUACGACACACAGUCGCCCUAACGGGAGAUAUACGGGUAGAUUUUUACAGCAGGCCAAAGAUGAAACGACAAGAAAAGAUGUUUCAUUUUUGGUUUAAUACAUUUUUCGUCCGCGAAAAAACGAAUUCCGAGUACGACAAUGGCGAAUUACCUGUUGAAAGAUCGGGAAGAGCAUUGAGUUGCGAUGGCACGGCCAUGGAAUUGUCGACGGUUAUGUCACACGUAAAACCUAGAACGGGAUCAUUGGCGAGUCUUGGUCCCAUGCCGCCCACUCUUGUUUUACGGAUAGACAAGUCAGGAUUGGACAAUGCACACAAGGAUAAACAUCACAAGUUGUACAGUCCAGAUUUUAAAGUGAGUCUAUUUAUGCAUUGCGUGGACGGGAGCAUAUCGUCGGCCGUGGCAUCGACGGCGGGCAGAAGUGGGGACAGCGUACACGAGGCGAUAGGCACGAGCGGGCAGGAGACGCCGAGCGAGUCGAGCGAGGCGGAGAGCAGCGAGUGCGACACCACCGGCGACGAGGACGGUUGGGAAUCCGGGGAAUCGACAUAUUUGUGACUAUUGAGACUUGACUGAUGAUGAUGAUGAUGGCGGGGCCGAUCAGGGCUAAACACUUCUUCACUGUGACGAUCAACCUCUGACCGCUGAAAACCUCGCACCGCUUGAUUACCAAAUCGAUUGUGUGUGCGAAUAGAUGAAAACGACCACCAUCGCCAUCCCGUGCCUGCCACACCACCACGCAUGCAUAUAUAAUACACCCUGCCCGCCAUCUCCCGCCUCACAAAAACUCUUCUUGGUAUACACACGCUGAUGCUUCACGAAAUUCCGCGUUAUAUAUCAUUACGUUGUAGAAUUAAUUAAUUUAACAUUUACAUCGUGCAUCGCGUCGCGCGCGAUCAGUGAUUACGGCUUUUAUAUAAAAGAAAUAAAGCGCCAGUUUUAAGCUCCGUUCCCGAAACGUUCUCCGUCUCUCGGAUGUAUUAUUUGUGUAAAAUGAGUGGCGAAUAAAUAAUUUUGUACAAAUAUAUUUAUGAAGCAAUAUCACAUGUGCUGCGAGUAUUAUUCGAGGCCCAAUUACGAGUCCACUGAUCGCUGCAUUGAACAGAUCGUUUUAUCAGCUGUGCUAAAUAAAAAUAGAAAGUUUGUGGAAAUUAUUCUUAAAUAUUUUAAAUUGUGAACAAAUUUUAAAGAAAGAACUGUAGAAGAGUAUUUCGUAUUUUUUCUUCCCUUUUUUUUUAGGAAGGCGCUUGGUUUCUUCUACGCAAAAGCUGUUCAUAUUUAAUGCUAGCUAGAAACCUUUUAUUGAAACGAAUAUUUGGCAACAUUUUUCAUUUCAGUGUCGCGCGACAGACGCGUCUCACUGUCGGAAAUGGAUCGAUUUCGCAUACGAACUGAGCGAAAGUCUCGAGUGCUGAAGUACUCCGAGUCGAAAGUAUACGCCGUCGAUUCUGAACAACGACAGAAAUGAGAUAUAAAUCGAAUUUAUCUUUCGUUUUUUUUUUUUUUAAUUUAUUUAUUCUCUAAAGAAAGCAAUAACAAUAUUCGUGUCUUGCGCGAAUAACUUAUUUAUUUAUCUUUCAUCGAUGUGUUUUAUUCAUAUAAUACGUAUGUGUUCUUUUUUUUUUUUGGAGUCUCUUCAACGUGAUGGACGAUUCAUUUCGACGACGUAGAUAUCCGCACAUUAUGUAUUCGCGCGCUGAUAUUAUUAUUAUUUUAAGUUCGCCUAUUUUUUUUUUCGUUAUCAACGAAAUUCGUCAGUAAUUUGUAAAAUAUUUUCGUUUUUUGUUAUCGAUACAGAGCAGGAUAUCAAUUAUCAGUAACAAUUGUUUAAAGGUACACGCUAUUAAUUUAUACGAUACAAUUUGUGUGUAAUGAUCGCCUAUCUAUACUGUUCUUAAUUUAAUCGCAUUAAAAUAAAGUGAAGAAACAUAAUGACUGAUUGUUGACGAACGCAAUUGGUGUUUAGCAUUGAAAUACAAUUGUUUCUACGAAAAAAAUGCACUUUGUUAUCUAUUAUUAUUAUUAAUUAGAUCGUUUAUGUAUUUUAUUUAUGACCAUGUUGUACCAGGGUUUUUAAUACUCUACUUCGAUCUUUCUUUUUGUAUUACGUCAUCGUUAUAACGAGGAUUAGCGAUGAAAAGGAUAGAAAUGUAGCGUUGCGUUUAAAGACGCAUUACGAGAGAAUAAGUACAUAACAGCUAUCAUAAUUUAAAUUAUGAUAGACGAUUUUUACGUUAGAUCGAUAAGACGAUAGCAAUAAAGAAAUAAAUAAACGCCGUUCAAUUUAUUUCUACGCGUUUAAUAUUUAAUAAAAAAAAAAGGGGGGAAAAAAGAAAAAAAAUACCUUUUGUUAUAGUGUAAUAAAUCGAUAUCUCGCAUAUAUUUCGUAAUAGGAGCUUAAGUUUGUUAUACGAGUAAAGCCUAUCUCCGAUAUACAGAUGCGCGUUUUUUGUGACCUCAUCGGUAGAUUUUUUUUUUGUACGAAGUAGAAAUAAAGAGCAUAUAUAAUUGUCGCUAUGUGUCCACGCAAAAAUGCAUUCGAAUGGAAUAGAGGACGAGGAAACUUUGCCUUCUCAGAUAGAUUCAUUUCACUCACCGGAAGCUUUACUGGGACCAAUAAAACUACCUUGUAAGUCUGCGUAUUUUUUUCUUCACCGAUGACGAUCUUAAUCUUAAGAGCUCUUAUAUUUAUGGUAUAUAUUAUAAAUUAAUUACUUGACUCAGCCUACAGAGUACAAAAUACGUGACUUGAUCUCAGACUAAUAGAAAAUUAAUUAUUUCUCCCCGCUUCUGAAAGAGCGCGAUGCUAAUCUUUUGAGCGAUGUUCUUCACAGCUGUGCACUUAACGGAAUCGUGUUAACAAAGGACAGGUUUUACAUGGGAAAAUUUAGAAACUUUUAAUUAGCUUUCGCAAAUCAAUCUAUCUACAAUCGCGUUGACUUUCUCGUCGAAUAUACACACGCGGCAGCGACAAUUGAACAUUUUUCGUCAUUAUUUAUGACGAAUAUGAUAAUUCGCGUAUUUUUUUUUAUAGGAAUUGUGUCCAGUUAAUUGUCGCUUUAUGCGAGAAACAAUUUGUUUUAUCUGAACUCUGACGAAAAAAAUGUUAAAUAAAUAAGAUAGACAAUAUGAAAAGGAAGUCUUCGAAAGCACAUGCCGCAAUAAUUACAAGCAUCGUAAUAACAUUCGUCUUUUCGUUUUUCUUCCUUAGAAUUUUUCUAUUUUUGUAACUCGGUGAUAUUUCGGACGGACUGACGAAGUGCGGCUUUCUUUAGUCUUUCGAGGAUGAUACUUCGCCAUUAUUUAAUUAAUUAACCUAUGCUACACUCGCGCGUAAGACUUUAUAUAAUUCAUUACUUCUGCAGCACAACAGUGAAAGAUAACUGUUUUAUUUUUUUAUAUUGUAUGUUUGUUUGUUCCUAGUGCGAUCUAUAACGCAGUUAGAUACGGUUUAGUUGACAAAUUUAUCGAAUAUGGAUCUUGCAUGAUUUUUUUAGCGUCUUAUUUUAACAGUCCUGCCGUUGAACUGCGACUCAGGCAGUCCGAUUUAUAUCAUUAAUGGUUUAAAGAUAAAGGCAAUAUUAUAUACUAUCUGCAGAUAGUUAAGUUGUAUGUAAUAAUGCGUUCUUUACAAUGUACCUUGCAAUAACAAUAAGUUUGAUAUUAAAACAG